AUGAAGGGGGGGGGGGCGACGGUACCGAAGACCCCCCCCCCCGCCACCGCGACCUCCGCCGCGCCCCCCCCCGCCGCCGCCACCACCGAAAAGAACGCGAGCGCCCCGUUUUGGCGACGGCUGGAUUUACAAAAAAGCGGGGGGGCCUCGGAAAAAGGGGGGGUCCCCCUUCCUCGUCUCGAUACCAAGCCUGGGGGGGUCCCCCGAAUUCUUCCGCCCCCCGACGACGACGAACCCCCCCUCCCAAGCCGUCCCCCCCCCCCCGGCUUUCGUCAGCUCGGCCGAUCUCCUCAAACUGCGGGCAGCUCGGCGAGGGGCCCCCAAAGAGCUGAAGAUUCGCCUCAUCAAGGUGGAGAGCGGCGCCGGGGGGGCAGGGGGGGCGCCUUCCUCACCGAGGAGGAGGAGGAGGAGGAGGACGACGACGAGGAGGAAGAAGAGGAGGAAGAGGAGGAAGAAGAACCCCCCGGCCCCCCCCUGGCUCAGCUCACCAUCCGACACAGCGCCGCCGAGGUCGUCCGCGCCAGCAAGCAGGCGCGGCUGCGGGGCCCCUUCAGGGAGUCGUACCUGUGCCCCGCCCAGUCGGUGAAGCCCCACAUCGACUCGCAGGAGAAGCUGCCCCGGGACAAGCUGAACCCCCCAACCCCCAGCAUCUACCUGGAGAGCAAGCGGGACGCCUUCUCGCCCGUCCUGCUCCAGUUCUGCACCGACCCCAAGAACCCCAUCACCGUCAUCCGGGGGCUGGCCGGCUCCCUGCGCCUCAACCUGGGGCUGUUCAGCACCAAGACGCUGGUGGAGGCGAGCGGGGAGCACGCCGUGGAGGUGCGCACCCAGGUGCAGCAGCCCUCGGACCAGAACUGGGACCUGUCGGGCACCCGCCAGGUGUGGCCCUGCGAGAGCAGCCGCUCCCACACCACCAUCGCCAAGUACGCCCAGUACCAGGCGUCCUCCUUCCAGGAGUCCCUGCAGGAGGACAAGGACAGUGAGGAUGAGGAGGCGGAGGAGCCCGACAGCACCACGGAGACGCCCCCCAGCAACCCCGACCAGAAAUCCCACCAGAUCAUCAAGUUCGGGACCAACAUCGACCUCUCGGACGCCAAGAGGUGGAAACCGCAGCUGCAGGAGCUGCUGAAGCUGCCGGCCUUCAUGCGGGUGUCGUCCACGGGGAACAUGCUGAGCCACGUGGGCCACACCAUCCUGGGCAUGAACACCGUCCAGCUGUACAUGAAGGUGCCGGGGAGCCGCACACCCGGCCACCAGGAGAACAACAACUUCUGCUCCGUCAACAUCAACAUCGGCCCCGGGGACUGUGAGUGGUUCGCGGUGCACGAGCACUACUGGGAGACCAUCUCCGCCUUCUGCGACAAGCACGGCGUGGACUACCUGACGGGCUCGUGGUGGCCCAUCCUGGAGGACUUGUACCGCUCCAACAUCCCCGUGUACCGCUUCGUCCAGCGCCCCGGCGACCUGGUGUGGAUCAACGCCGGCACCGUCCACUGGGUGCAGGCGACCGGGUGGUGCAACAACAUCGCCUGGAACGUCGGGCCCCUCACCGCCUACCAGUACCAGCUGGCCCUGGAGCGCUACGAGUGGAACGAGGUGAAGAACGUCAAGUCCAUCGUCCCCAUGAUCCACGUGUCCUGGAACGUCGCCCGCACCGUCAAGAUCAGCGACCCCGACCUCUACAAGAUGAUCAAGUACUGCCUGAUGCAGUCCAUCAAGCACUGCCAGGUGCAGCGGGAGAGCCUGGUCCGCGCCGGCAAGAAAAUCGCCUACCAGGGCCGCGUGAAGGACGAGCCGGCCUACUACUGCAACGAGUGCGACGUGGAGGUCUUCAACAUCCUCUUCGUGACGAGCGAGACAGGCGGCCGCAACACCUACCUGGUGCACUGCGAGGGCUGCGCCCGGCGCCGCAGCGGGGCCCUGCACGGUGUUGUCGUCCUUGAGCAGUACAAGACCGAGGAGCUGAUGCAGAUCUACGACGGCUUCACUCUGGUGGCGUCACCCGGCUCCAGAUGAGCCCCCGCCCGGCCCAGGGGGACCCUGGGCCCCCCCGAGGGGAUGCGGGGGGGGGACAACAGGACACGCGGGGACACGGACCCCCCCGCCCCUCCCCCCACGAACACUUUUUAUUUAUUCACGGAGGAAUCGCCCCAAAAAACCGUGUGUGUCCCCCCCCCGCCCCCCCCCAACCGGCGCUGGAUGGGGGAGGGGGGCCCGGACAGACAGACGGACGCCGGGGUGGGGGGGAUUUGGGUGGAAACCCCCUGUUUUUAUACAAAAAAUUUACCAAUUUAUAGGAGUUUAAAAAGGAAACACCCCCCCCCCAAAUCGCAGCCCCUCCCCCCACGGGGGGGUGGGGGAGGGGCCAUUCUCGGCCCCCCUGACCAGUGGGGGAUGGGGGGGUGUCUUUCUGCCUCCCCCUCCCCAAAUUGGGGGUCCCUGUGGGGUGCCCUGCAUAACUCAGAGGGGGGCUGGGGGGGGGGUCCUCAAAACUGGGGGGGGUGUCCCUGCUGCCCCCCACCCCCCUUUUUUGGGGGGGUCUUAGUGCCCCCCCGCAACUGCAAUUGGGGGGGUCCGGCUGCCCCCCAGUUAAUGGGGUGCUGGGGGGGCAUUGGGGGGGAGGGGCCCCUUGCCAAGAUUCAACCAAAAACUCGCCCCCCCGCCCCCCCAAACCAGCUGCCCCCCCCCAAUACGGGUCCGGGCUGGGGGGAGGGGCCCGGAGGGGGGAGGAGGGGGUGUUUUUGGGGUGCUUGUCCCGCCCCUCCCCCCCCUCACGGGGUGGGGGUGGGGCUCAGGUCUAUAAGGGGGUGGGGGCUCCUCCCCCUCCCCCCCAAACCAUGGUGCAAAGGGGGGGGGACGCGGCCCUCUGCCGCCCCCUCCCCAAAGGGGGGCAGGGGGAGCCCCCCCCGCGGGGGGAGGGGCCUUGGGGUGCCCCUCCCCCCCCCGAGCCUCUUCUGGGUUUUUUUUUUGUUCUUUUUUGUAAAUGAUCUUUUUUUUUUGCCUCUUUUUUAAUUUAUACGCGGGGGGGGGGAGGGGUCGCUUUAUUUAUUGGGGGGGUCGGGCCGGGGGUCCCCGACUCCCGGGGGUGGGGGAGGGGUCGGGGUGGGGUGGUCGGUGACGUCCGGCUGUCACAUGACCCCGGGUGACCCCGUACCCCCGUCACCCGGUGAUCCCUGACCUUGGGGAGGGGGGGGGGUUGCCCCCCACCCCCGGGGGUGCCCCUCCCCCCCCCGCCAUGGUGCUGGGCCCUGCGGCCGCCCCUCCCCCCCCCAUACCCCCGUGUCCCCUCCCCCCCCCGUCCCUCCCCACCCCCCUCCCGGGCCCUGGUGUUUUAUUGGGGGUGGGGGAGGGGUCGGGGCCGCCCCCCCCCCGCCCCCCGCCCGCGGCCACAGAAGCUAUUUUGUACC